CCACCUUCAGUCCCCUGAUGUUGCCUGUCUCCCCUCACAGUUGGUCCAUGGCAGAAGGGGAUGGUCCCAGUGCCCAACAGCACAGUGUGGGCCAGCGAAGCCGCACAACUGGAGCCAGAGCGGUCGCCCUGCAUGGUUGGCAUCUUCCCCAUUGUGUAUUACAGUGUCCUGCUAGGGCUGGGGCUUCCAGUGAACAUCCUGACUGUUGUGGCCCUGUUCCGCCUGGCCACGAGGACCAAGAAGUCAUCGUACUGGUACCUGCUGGCCCUGACCACUUCCGACAUCCUCUCCCAAGUCUUCAUCAUCUUUGUGGGCUUCAUCCUGCAGACGGCCAUCCUGGCCCGGGAGGUACCCAGCGCCUUCGUCCAUACUGUCAAUGUGCUGGAGUUCACAGCCAACCAUGCUUCCAUCUGGGUCACUGUUCUGAUGACUGUGGACCGCUACGUGGCGCUCUGCCACCCGCUGCGGUACCGUGCCAUCUCCUACCCGCAGCGCGCCCGCAGGAUCAUCUUCAUCAUCUUUUCCCUGGCUCUGGCCACGGGCAUCCCCUUCUACUGGUGGUUAGAUGCCUGGCGUGAUGCUGAUCCCCCUACUGCCCUGGACAAGGUGCUCAAGUGGGUGCACUGCACCACCAUCUACUUCUUACCCUGUAGCAUCUUCCUGGCCACCAACUCUAUCAUCAUAUGCAGGCUGAAGCGGCAGAGGUGCUCAGGGCGGGCUGGGAGACCCCACCUGAGCAAGACUACAGCCCUCCUCCUGGCUGUCACCACUGUCUUCAUUGUGCUCUGGGCUCCCAGAACCAUCGUCAUGAUCUGCCACCUCUAUGUGGCCUCAGUCAAGAGGGACUGGCGCAUGCACUUGGCACUGGACAUCGCCAACAUGGUGGCCAUGCUCAACACCACCCUCAACUUCUUCCUCUACUGCUUUGUCAGCCACACCUUCCGCCGUACAGUGGGUGAGGUGCUCCGGACUCAUCUCUGCACUCGGCCUGGCAGCACCCGCUUCCCAGCCCUGAAGCCACUGGAGCUGCUGGCCAGCACAGCCCUCUGA